UAGCUUAGAUAACAAUGAGACCGCAGAAGCGCUCGUCUAUGUCAAAUUAGUUAGUUAGUCACCGCAUUUUACAGAUCUUGCAUUGUCGGGAAGAAAUUAGCGUUUGAAUCCGGGAAGUUUGCGCUCACGACCUCAACAAGCCAGAAGGUUGAAUAUAAUGGCAUGUUAACGUACUUUGCCGGUUGUCGGUGUGGUAGGAAUACAACCAUAAUGGCAGUGGAGUUUGAUGGAGGGGUUGUGAUUGGUGCUGACUCCCGAACAACAACAGGCGCUUACAUUGCCAAUCGAGUUACUGACAAGUUGACUCCCAUUCACGAUCACAUCUUCUGCUGCCGCUCUGGGUCUGCAGCUGACACACAGGCUGUUGCUGAUGCAGUCACCUACCAGCUGGGCUUUCACAGUAUUGAGCUGGAUGAGCCUCCACUUGUGCAAACGGCAGCCAACCUCUUCCAGCAGAUGUGCUACAGAUACAGAGAGGAGCUGAUGGCUGGCAUCAUUGUGGCUGGCUGGGACAAAAGAAGGGGUGGACAGGUGUACACAGUCCCAAUGGGAGGGAUGAUAGUGAGGCAACCAGUGUCAGUAGGGGGUUCUGGUAGCUCCUACAUCUAUGGCUUCAUGGAUUCUAACUACAAGCCUGGAAUGACCAAGGAAGAGUGCCUUCACUUCUGUACCCAGGCCCUGGCGCUUGCCAUGGAGCGGGAUGGUUCUAGUGGAGGAGUGGCCCGUCUGGCAGCCAUCACAGAGGAGGGCCUGGAGAGACGGGUUGUUUUGGGACACCAGCUGCCCAAAUUCUCCAACACCUAGACAAGGAGCAGAGGGAAGUUGCUGUGCAGACGACGACCCCCCCCCCCCCCCUGGUUGUAAUAAAAAAAAAUACUGAAACGUGAAUACAUUUGUUCUCGUGUCUGUUCCCUAUUUGAUAUUAUUUCCUGGAAAUGAAGUGGAACUUCACACGAUAUGCUAUGAAGGAUAACAGGAAAAACGUUUCUUAUAUGGGAUAAAACUCGGACUGUACAGAUUAACACAGUACAGUUGGGCAGAGAACUCUCUUGGUGAUAGUGGAUCAGUAGACUGAGAAUUGACCUUGGAGCAUGUUUGAGAAAGAAUGAGUCAGUAAAUGAGUAAGGACUGUAAUAUACUGGAGGCAAGUGUGUGUGUGUACAUGUUAGAGUAAAAAAAGAGAGACUUGAGAGAAAGCGCCCCAGCACACUACAAGGGCAUUCAUCUGGAAUGGAACUAGUUUAUUCAGUCCAAAUAUGGGAUGUUUUGCCAUUUAACCUAAAAUUUGUCAGAAGAACAUUGCAGAUUAGACAAACAUAAAAGGAAAGGUAGCUAUGUCUGAAAGGUUACAUUGUAUUCACAUUAGGCAUACACUUGCACACACAAAAAUAGCACAUUUCCAUGUGUGAUCAUUGAAGACAUCUUUCAUAGUCCAUAGCUAGGUUUUCAUCCAAUUGGUGACUGAUUUUCAUGCAAAUAUUAAAAAACAUGUAAAGAAAAUAUGCUAAUUUGCCCGUCAGUGGUGUUUCCUCCAAACGUACUUUUGCGGCUAAGUCAGUGCGUGACGUAGCCUACGUAUUGCAAAACAUGUAUUUUUCUGCCUCAAUAUUCAUGUACUGAAUAAAAUCGCAUUUUCAACUCCA